AAUACGUUCGCCAGUCUACGCUGAACCCUCGUUCUGGGCGAGCGGUCUCGGGUUCGGAUUUACGUUUGUUUAUGUAGUAAGAGCGAACCCCUAUCCACAGCUGAAAGGAAAGGAACGGCACUCGUCGCACGCCAAGAUGAGUAAAUUUUUGGACUUGGGCCUUGGCAUUUCCCUAAUCAAUGUCUACUAUUCGCUAUCAUAUUUUUUAAUGUGGUGCGUGGAGCUGCAAUAUGGGUAUGAGGACGAUGUUUUGUUUUCCAUAGACACUGAGACAUUUGUUUGGCUAGCUGUUUAUACAUGCAACCUCUUUCUCAAUGUGUUUCUCUUUUUGGGGCUGCGCAAGAGAGAUCGUCUGGCCAUUCUGGUCUGGUUCUCUUUGACUCUGCUCUGGUUUCUGCCCAAGCUCUAUGGUCAUUCAAGGGGCUGUCGAUUGGACAGACGCGGUUCAACGUACAAAAUGGUCAAUCUUGUUGUGGAAAUCUAUGUGAUUAUAUCGUUUCUGGUAAUGAUACUGGUUUAUAUAUAUCUGCCCCAGCGGAGCAAACGGACUUUGGCCAAACAGCGCUCCGUGAAGGACAAUAAUGAUGAUCCCCGGGACAUUCAAAUGGUUGACUUAAUGGACAAAGCUGCCCCCUCAAAUGUGGAGGAGAUAAAUGCCAAAACAGAUGUUGUCGGCUGCUUGGAUCAAAAGGUCACAAGCUUUGAGUUCCAUAAAGCUGAGAACGGCAGCGAUGACGAUAAUUAGACUAAUGUACAUAGCACAAAAAAAAAAAAAAAAAAAAAAAAAAGAAAAAGAAAAAAACAAUACUUAACAUUCCUGCACAAAUUUUUAGAAAAUUUACAACUUUAGUAAUUUGAAAUUGUUGUUGACUAAUGAGGGUAAUCAAAAUGUAAAUUAUUGUCACAAACUUAGCCAAUCGUUCCAAACGCGAGUAUGCUCACCUGAUGCACUGACUUACAUAUACAUACAAACAUAUACAUAUUAUUCAUAUAUAUACAACCAAACAUAUAUAAAAUAUAUUGUAAAUUUGUUAAGUUUA